UAUUCUUGAGCUUGAGCUUGAACGUUUACUUCAUGUGUAUAUGUCCCCGUUUCUGUAGGAAUGAACACCUAGGAAAUCUUUCUCGUAUCAAUUGGUCUCAUUCACCAUGCCAGCAGCAUCUUGGGAGUGCGGAUCGACUUGGUCAAGUUUCGAAUUCAUCCGACGAACGGUCAGCCAGCUUUCGGUCAACCUUCAUGCGUAGGGUGCUCUUGAGUUUUGUGGUUUCUGUGUUGCGACCUUGAGCACGUCCAUCAUGUCGCCAAGCCAGAUACUCACCAUAACACUGAACGCCGUAUUCUCCGUAUGGCUUCGGGUCUUAUCUUGGUUCAUCCGUGACGACACAGGUCCAGCUGAUCACUUCGACGACAGAGGCGUUCUUUCGCAUGCAGGUGUAAAUUUUGUAGCCACGUCUCCUCCACGAUUCACUCGGCCUCUCAUUGUGGAGGACAAUAUCAAUUCAUUGAUUCGAGAUGCAGUCCACAGUGCUCUCCUUGAUCCUGAGGAUAGCGUCUCACCCAUAAUGACCUCUGUAGGCUGCCCUACGCUUGCCCAUUCUCCGGACUUCUCUGUCAUGUCAACCCCGUUCACCAGUACACCUACUACACCUGAUCUGGCUAAUGAGCUGCUCAUACCCAUUGCUGAAUCGCGCCCUCGCAUCGUCACCUCCCACGCCAACCCCUGGGAUGGUGAGCUUGACCUUGAUCUCGAAUCUGGUUUAGGAACAUUCGUUGGAGAACAUAGAGGUUCUCCAAAUCCACAGUCAUUACCCGGCAGUUCUGUCAGCCUCUUUUCCAAGCUCAACGUUAAGCUCUUGACAUCUUCGCGCCCCGGAUCCCCUUCAUUAGCAUCCAAAUUCUUGCUCCCAUCAACUCCCUGUCGGUCUCGUUCGAAUAGUACUUUACCUCAAUUCGCACAGGACAUUACCAAGGAACCUCUCUAUGCGGAUGGUCCUUCUUGGUGCGGAGACGAUAUCUCUACGGCUGCUACACCUGGUGGAAGCCCAGUUCGGCCGCCAACUUGCUAUACGAAUUACUUCGACUUCUCGAUCUACGAUGACUUGCCUGAUCGUCGCCGCUCUUGUGUCCUAGACGAGUCGUCUUGCGAUUCGAUCUUACCUUCGAAGAAGCCGAGGCCGUUAUCGCUUCCUAUCAUAACCUCUGAAAUGUUGUACGACGAAGAGGUACCCAAUGCGCACACUCCAUAUAACUCACCGGAGAAGACUCGUUGUGCUCUGAUUGCUCCUCUAGCACCAACUCGUCUGGAUGAUGAGCAACUUGUCCGGUUGUUGGAAGAUCCCGACAAGAUGUACCGUCCCUUCAACACCGGUCUUCGACCUCUCAUUCUUCCUCGUCAGGCAGCUAAACGUCACUCUCUUGACGUCAGUCUUAUUCGUCAAGGCAGCGGUCCUAAGCCGCUUAUGCUUCCUCAACAAUUGGCCAACAAACCUCUUCCAGCACGUUCCUCGACUCUUGACACUUUACCUCAGAAAACCUUGCUUAGACGAUCCAUGUCGGUCCAGGAUUAUCUCUUCAGCCAGGAACGCAAGCAAGCUACACCUCCAAGACAAUCUCGCCUACUAAAUGACAUCUUGGCCUUGCUCAACCAUGACGGCACUUUGGAACCUUUAGCAGAUAUGUCCGGUAUGGCUACCGGUGACUCACAGAAACCCAUCCUUGAGGACUCUUUUCAGCGUCUGUCGCCUGAAUCAAGCAUCAUUUUAGACGGGACGGGGCAAGAGGAUGGAUUCUUAGCUGUUCUUGGACUUCUGGAUGAAGCUAUUCCGAGUGCGAGCAGUGAAGAUAUGCGACUUGUGGAGGUUGAAGAGAGGAUUGGGAGAGAUGUCUUCAGGGUUUGAGAUCGUUAGGGCCUUGUUGUAGGUAUAUCAUAUGUGAUGCAUGUGAUUUCGACUUCUUUAUUGCUUGAUUUCUAUCUUGACAUAUAUAUGUGGCUUUCCCGUAGUGAAAUACCUUCGAGGUUGUCUGGAGUUCUUCAGGUCUACUAGACAUUGCAGGCCAAGCUGAAGUUGCAGUUCGUGAGGAUUGCUUACAAGCCAAGGUAUAAGCGUGAAUCUCCACAUACUAUUUUAUCAU